GACACUCCGAGCUAGCAACAUUGGAAAGAAAAUUUUAAUAGAAUAAGCUCCAAAAUGGCGUAUAUAAAGUCUCUGUCACCCACUAAGAAGUUUAUGGGAUGGAAUUCAAGCUUUUAUUACUUUCUAGAACUGUGUGAACCAAAGUCGCCAGAACCAGGUCCAUAUCGUUGAGAAUGAAUGAAAAGGAACUGACGGACGCUUCUAUCCCUUACUCGGCGUCUUCAAGUAAUGACCAUGAAGCACAUGUAUCUUCAAGCUCCGGCGAAUUCACGAGCCGUUCUAUUUUAUCACUGUUAGGAGCAACAGGAGCUGUAUUUUGCACUGUCGGCUUCCAGAACGCAUUUGGUGUGUUCCAAACAUACUACGGCGAGAGUUUUCUGUCAAAUGAAUCCGGCUCAGAUAUUGGGUGGAUUGGGUCAAUCAACAUUUUCAUAUUGUUCUCUGGGUCGCUCGUCACAGGCCGUAUUCUCGAUCUAUCUGGGCCUGUUGUCAUGUUUUGGGCAGGAUCCACCUUAACAGUCUUCUCUCUGAUGAUGAUUUCCCUGUGUCGCAAAUACUGGCAAUUUAUUCUUGCCCAAGCUAUACUCCUGGGUAUCGCUAAUGCAUGUCUCGUCUGUCCUGCUGUUGCACUGAUAGGCCAAUACUUCAAGAAGAGACGAGCCGUUGCUCUUGGUGUCACCAUAGCAGGUUCCUCUUUAGGAGGCGUGAUCUGGCCGAUCGUCGUGCACCAGCUUUUACAAAAACCGAACAUUGGCUUUGGAUGGACUAUGAGGAUUGCAGGUUUAAUCAUGCUACCUAUCUUAGCCGUGUCAUCCAUAAUCGCACGCCCUCCAAUUUUGCCAAAGACAAUGGGAGAGCCCCUUAAGAAGCCAGCCUGGGACUGGACGGUUGUGAACACAAAGGAAAUGCUGUUUACUGCGUCUGGAUUCUUCCUUAUUUAUUUUGGCAUGUUUACGCCUUUCUUCUUCACAACCAGCUACGCUAUCGAGUCGGGCUUUUCGACGAACUUAGCCUUCUACACUGUCUCCUUGAUUAAUGGCGCAUCACUCUUCGGUCGAAUACUUCCAGGGUUGGUUGCAGAUCGAUAUGGAAGGUUUAACUUGUGUAUCAUUAUGACUGUUUUCUCCGGUAUCAUUGCCUUGUGUUGGACAACAGUCACGUCAGCGGCAGGCAUUGUUAUAUUCUCUCUUGCUUAUGGCUUUUCUUCAGGGGGGAUUCUGUCUCUCCAACAAGCCUGUGCUGCUCAAAUAGCUACACCAAGUAACAUGGGCACUGCAGUGGGUUUUGUGAUGGCUUCGACCUCACUUUCUGCACUAGCGGGGACACCUGUGAGUGGAGCUCUCAUUGAUAAGUAUGGCUAUCUUUCUGUUUCGAUAUACAGUGGUGUUAGUAUGCUGGUUGGAAGUCUGGUGUUGGUUAUGGCGAAGUUAACUCAAAACAGCAAGUUACUUGCUGCGGUCUAACUCAAGGACGUUGUCGGAAAGAGGUAGACUUAAAUAAUUACCAUGUUGGAAGAUAA